AUGCGUUUUGCCUGGUUGCUUGUCGGCUGCAUGAGCGUUAUGGCCAAAGUUGCUAGCAACGUCCUGGAAGUGGACCUAGUUUUCCCGCGCAAUGAUACCUAUGCGCCUGCCGAUUUGUUCCCUAUUGUCUUUGCUUUUCAGAACCCCGAACGUGCGCGACUUCUCAAUCCUGAUAUCUUCUAUACAAUACGGGACUGGGAUAACAUGUUUGGGAAUAAUAGUUUUGGCAUUACCUGGUCCCACGACUUGAAGUGGGCGAACUGGUCCAGUCACGACCCCUAUUUUGUAUACACCUUUUUCCCUGAAAGCUUCAGAAGGGAAGGCCAUUACUGGCUUACCUGGAGCAUUGGCUGGAAUAGCUGCGACAUGAACGCCUUUUCUAACCAUGGAGGCGGUGACAUUGUUAAAAACGACUCAACUUGGUCUGUUCUCUUCACCAUCAAGGACUCUGCGCAGAAGGUCGACCUCGUCGCUGCGACAGCCAACAAAACAUGCCCCAAAGAGCUUGGGACUGCUAUCAACGUUACUGGUCAAAUGACUCUGAGAAAUGGCAAUACUUGCGCAGUGGUGGCCUCGUCUACCCCGACGCCAACCCCUGACCCUUGUCAGGUCAAGAUCGAUUCGGCCAUUGUCGCAAGCAUGUCUGCCUCGCAGCAUGCUACAUUUUGCAAGGGCUUGCACCCGCCAGCUGACUGCCCCGAAGAGGAUAAGAGUGCUGCCCAGCAACUGAUGGUUAUCGGCGUGUCUUGUUUUCUAGCCGCGGUGGGAGCGAUUGGGUUCAUUCUCAUGUGA